GUUAGGUGUAAAGAGAAGCAGGUUUCAAGGGGAAAGCUUCGAUCUUCGAAUUCACGUUGCGAAAAAAAAAUUAUUCACUGUUUCCGAGAGAGGAAAGCGUAUAAAAAAACAUUUUUUGUAAGAAGUAAAUACAGGACUUCACCCGUUUGAAGUGAGCCCAGAUUCUUUCAUAUCACGACGUUUAUGUGUCAGUUUAAAUGUCGUCAGUUUUUCGAAAAAUUGGAAAUUUAAUCUGCGUAGGAUCGCGCAUAGAUAUUAUCCUGUAUUAUCCUGCGACUAACGUGAAGAAUGUGUCUUGUUACAGAGGUGCAAGGAGAAGCUGAACACCCUGGCCAUCUCUGUAAUGAACCAAUGGCCUGGUGUGAAGCUAAGGGUGACAGAGGGCUGGGAUGAGGAAGGAAAACACGCGACGGAUUCGCUGCAUUACGAGGGACGUGCCGUCGACGUGACGACGAGCGAUCGGGAUCGCUCGAAAUACGGGAUGCUGGCGAGACUCGCCGUCGAAGCUGGUUUCGACUGGGUCUACUACGAGUCCAGGUCACACAUUCACUGUUCUGUCAAAUCUGAAUCCUCGUCGGCAGCGAAAUCCGGCGGCUGUUUCCCAGGCAGAAGCUUAGUGCGAACGGAGGACGGUUCGACGAAGCGUUUAGACCAAGUGGAACUCGGCGAGCGAAUAGCAGCGCUGGACAAUCACGGUGACAUCGUGUACAGCGAGGUGAUAGCCUUCCUCGACCGUUCCGUCACCGAGAGGCGACAGUUCGUCCGGUUAACCACCGAAUCCGGCCGAGUGCUCACCUUAACCCCGGCACACUUGGUCCCGGUGGAAGGUAGAUCGACGAUGUUCGCCGGCAGGGUUCAACCAGGCGACAAGAUUCUGGUGAGAGAUCCAGCGAACGAGAACGAGACGUUGCGACAUCGUCUACGAUGGGACAAGGUGGUCGACAGUCGAUUAGUACUCGAGCAGGGGAUCUACGCGCCUUUGACGAGCGAGGGAACGGUGCUGGUGGACGACGUGGUGGCUUCCUGUUACGCGAUCGUCGACAACCAGCAGCUAGUCCACCUCGCGUUCCUCCCGUACAGAAUGUGGAGCAGCGUGAAAACGUUCGUCGAGAGGAGGGUGCACGGCGCGGAGGAUCACAGGUUCACGGACUCAAGGACGGAGCAGCAGGGCAUACUUUGGUACGCGUCGUUUCUCUACUGGGUCUCGUCUUACGUCACCCCAUCGAGCAUGGUGUACCAA